AUGGCAUCAACAAUCAGCACUGUCAACAUCUUUUGUUUCCUUUUUGUCUUUGCCUCCAUUGCCUCCGCUCAAGACGUCAGUUUAGCCUCCGCCCCAGCACCCGGUCCAGAUGCUGGAGCUGCCGGAUCUGUUACAAGUUCGGUCGCCAUGAUCGGAGCUUCGAUUGUGCUGUCAAUUCUCGCCAUCUUUAAGAACUGA